GCCCAGGUUCGCCGCAGAGACGCGGCGGCAGCGGCACACGCAACGAUGGCCUCGCUCCGCGAUGAGCCGAUGAGAGACACGGCGGGCAGUGGCGCACGAGGGGGGAGAUGAUUAAAAAUGCCGUGGCCUCGCUGAUGGUGCGCCUCCACCACCUGCCCCUGCCCCGCGCCCCGCCCGCCUCCACCUACCGCCACCACCACGCGCUCCGCCUCCCGCGGCCCGCAUCGGCCUCGGUGCGCCCCGCCGCCGCCAUGUCGACGACGGCGGAGCAGGCGGUCGCCGACCAGAAGCGCGCGCUGCGCACCGAGGUGCGAAGGGCGCUGAAGGCACUCUCCCCGGACCAGCGCGCCAGCGAAGAUCUGGCCAUUCAAACUACAAUUUUGAACUCUUCUUGGUUCAAAGCAAGCAAACGGUUGUGUGCUUAUAUAAGCUGCUAUCAGUUGCGAGAAGUCGAUACAUCAAAAAUACUAGCAGAGUGUCUACCAUCAAAUCCUGGACAAGAGGAAUUGACAAAGGAUCUUUAUGUUCCUCGAGUGGAGGAUAAGAACCGCAAUAUGCGGAUGCUCAAAAUCACCACCAUGGAUGACUUGGUCAAAAAUUCAAUGAACAUUCUGGAACCAUCACCCGUGGAUGCUAGUGGCAACGAUCGUGAAGAUGUAUUGACAGCCUCUUCCCCUGUUGAUCUUUUUCUAUUGCCUGGACAAGCGUUUGACAGAACUGGUCGAAGACUGGGACGUGGUGGAGGGUACUAUGACACAUUCUUGCUGAAAUACCAAGAACUUGCAAAAGAGAAAGGGUGGAAUCAGCCCCUCUUAGUUGCUCUUUCAUACUCGGCGCAAAUUAUGGAGGAAGGUGUCAUCCCAGUCAACUCAACUGAUGUCCCUAUUGAUGCUCUGGUCUCAUCCUCUGGUGUUAUUCCAAUAAGCCCUGCAGCGCUGGAGAGGAUGAAAUGAAGCUGAUAAUUUAUUCUUAUGCUUUGACAACAUGCCCUCUUUCAGUCUUUUGUUUCCCUGGUUGCCCUAAUGAUACUGAUACAUCAGCGGAUCAGGGGAUUUGUCCUUUUCUCGUGGCUUCCUGCUGUAUCAUUUUAGAAUAAUGUAGACACUGGAUGUCUAUUCCUUAUUUCUGCUGAUUUUAGAUUUUAGAUGCAUAAUGUAAAUUCUCCUUUUGAGCAAACAGCCAGUUAGUUGACAUAUUCGGAGUUUUGUUGUCAUA